AUGCCUCGAGAUCCUCUCAUUGGCCUGGUAGGAAAACCAUCCUCUGGCAAAUCCACCACAUUGAAUAGUUUCACAACAAUAGACCCUCAACGAGCCGUCGGAUAUUUGCAGGUCGAUUGCGCCUGCCUAAGACAUAAUCUGACGGAGAAAUGUCGACCGAAUUAUGGCUCCUGUGUGAAUGGCAAGAGAUCGGUGCCGAUAGAAUUACUUGAUGUUGCUGGUCUAGUUCCUGGUGCCCAUGAAGGCAAAGGCUUGGGAAACAAGUUCCUGGACGAUUUACGCCAUGCAGAUGCUCUUAUCCACGUGGUGGAUGUCAGUGGCACCACCGACGCCGAAGGAAAAGCCACACGAGGCUACGAUCCGAGCGUCGACAUUGAAUGGCUACGAGGGGAAAUCGUCCGUUGGAUACAAGGGAAUCUGAUGGAGAAAUGGGGAAGCAUCAAGAGACGACAUGUCGCCGUCAAAGCCUCCCCAGUGGAAACACUCCAGGCCCAGUUCUCGGGUUACGGCAGCACCAGCGCCAUAGUGGCUCGUUGUCUCGAUCGGCUACACCUGAAGCAAUCCCUGGAAGAGUGGGGUGAUGAAACAAUCCUCAAAGUCGUCAAUGCCUUCACGGAUGAGAAGUUCCCCACCGUCCUGGCCCUGAACAAAAUCGACCACCCGGACGCUGAUCGCAACAUUGCAAAAAUCGCCAAACAACAACCCGCCAAUAGUAUCGUUCUGUGCAGUGCCAUCUCCGAAGUCUUCCUCCGUCGACUAGCUAAGCAAGGCUACAUCAAAUACAAAGAAGGCGCAGAAUAUCUGGACACACGAGAAGAUCUAAUUGAACAAGGUGACCCGGACGGCGGAGGCCUCAAAGAGAUGGACGAUAAGUUGAAACAACGCAUUGAGAAUCUCAAGGACAUGGUCCUCUACCGAUUUGGCAGUACCGGGGUAGUACAAGUCUUAACUCGCGCAGCAGCCCUGCUCGGUCUGGUCCCGGUCUUCCCUGUGAAAAACAUCCACACGUACGGCUCAGGGACGGCCGGGUCGACAGCUGUAUUUCGAGACUGUGUUCUCGUCAAGAAGAACAGUACGGUCGCAGACGUGGCGAGAAAAGUCAUGGGUGAUGCCCCCAUUGCUUUUGUCGAGGGUGAUGGGGGGCGGAGAGUCGCGGAAGACCAGAUCAUCAGCGUCGGCAAGAACGAUAUCCUUUCUUUCCAUGUUGGACGGUGA